CCUGAGUCCUCAGUAGUAUAUUCACUGACCAGAUCCAGAGCUCACGAUCGAUCCCAAAUCUCACUCUUCUCAAGCCAACUCCACCACGAUCCGUAAUCAUGGCCAUCUGCAUCACCUUCGGGACACACGAAUUCACCUCCAUGCUAGAAGGCUACGAGAACGUCCGCGCGUACUGCUAUAACUGUCAGCAUUGGAAUGGACAUUGUUUGACGAGAUGGCCGUGGUUCACCGUUUGCUUUGUUCCCGUCAUUCCCCUCGCCAUGCAUAAAUAUAAGGAAGUAACCUGCUACACAUGUCGCUUCACGCAAGAUCUCCGUGACCGUCCAGAAAUAACACCCGAAACAAGACCUCCUCCAGGAGUUGUACCGGGCCAGUUACCACAUCCCCAGGUGUAUUCGGGCGGCGCGCCGUUUUAUCCGCCCCCGGGGCAAGGGCAGCAGGUGAUGGGUCCGCCGCCGCAGGCGUCCGGGGCGGUGGGCACGGGGGAGCAGCAGCAGGGGCAUGUUUAUAAGUAAAGUAGUGAGGAGGAAGGGGUGGUCUAUGAUGGGUUGAUAGUUGGGUGGAGUUGAGGUUGAUGUUGGGGUUAGGGCUGGGGGUGAAGGUUAUCAUGUUUAUGUCCAUGUGUGCUGGUUGUUCGGUUGU